CGAGAAGAGGCGAGCGAAGGCGUGGCGGUCGGGUGGGAAUAUGAACGCUGAGAGGCUCAACUGCCGGACCUCAGAGGAGCUCGAGUAAGCGCUCGAGCCGGGCUGACUUUUACUCCGUUGUUCCUGCUGAAUAACUGAUAGUCAGUCCAGUCUGACGGAGUGCGCGUGACAUAACAAACAUGUCCCAGCAGGCAGCGAACGGGGUCCCGUGCAGGGGCAAGGUGCUUACUUUGGACAACAUGAACCCCAAUGUGAGGCGGGUCGAGUACGCGGUCCGUGGUGCUAUAGUCCAGCGGGCUGGGCAGUUAGAGAAGGAGCUGAAAGAGGGAGUCAAGAAACCUUUCACAGAAGUCAUCAAGGCUAACAUAGGCGAUGCCCAUGCCAUGGGUCAGAAACCAAUCUCAUUUCUCAGACAAGUCUUGGCUCUGUGUUCUUACCCUGAACUCCUGGAAGACAACAAGUUUCCAGAGGAUGCCAAGCAAAGAGCGCGGCGUAUUCUCGAGGCCUGUGGUGGCCACAGUAUAGGCGCCUACAGUGCUAGCCAGGGCAUUGAGUGCGUCCGUCAGGAUGUGGCGCGCUACAUAGAGAAGAGAGAUGGUGGAAUCCCCUCCAACCCUGACAACAUCUACCUCUCCACUGGAGCCAGUGAUGCCAUUGUGACCAUGCUGAAGUUGCUGGUUUGUGGCGAGGGCCGUGACCGGACAGGAGUGAUGAUCUCCAUCCCCCAGUACCCUCUGUACUCGGCCGCCUUGGCAGACCUGGGUGCUGUGCAGAUCAGUUACUAUCUGGACGAGGACAAGUGUUGGAGUCUGGAUGUCGCAGAGCUCAAGAGAGCCAUCGAUGCAGCCAGGCAGCACUGCAAUCCCCGCGUCCUCUGCAUCAUCAACCCCGGAAACCCCACUGGUCAGGUCCAGAGCAGACAGUGCAUCGAAGAUGUGAUCCAAUUUGCUAAAGAGGAGCAUCUCUUCCUCAUGGCUGAUGAAGUCUACCAGGAUAAUGUGUAUGCAGAGGGCUGUAAGUUUCACUCCUUUAAGAAGGUGUUGUUUGAGAUGGGACCAGCAUACUCCAGUACAGUGGAGAUGGCCUCCUUCCACUCUACCUCCAAAUGCUACAUGGGAGAGUGUGGAUUCCGUGGAGGCUACAUGGAAGUGAUUAACAUGGACCCUGAAGUGAAGGCUCAACUUACAAAACUGGUGUCUGUGCGUCUUUGCCCCCCCGUUCCCGGACAGGCUCUCCUGGACCUAGUGGUCAACCCCCCGCAGCCUGAUGAGCCCUCCUACAACACGUUUAUGAAGGAGAGGACAGCGGUGUUAGCAGAUUUAGCAGAGAAGGCCAGGCUGACGGAGCAGAUCUUCAACGAGGUACCCGGCAUCACCUGUAACCCUGUGCAGGGGGCCAUGUAUACCUUCCCCCGCAUCGCUCUGCCGCAGAAGGCCAUCAACAAGGCAAAGGAGGAAGGCCAGGUCCCAGACAUGUUCUACUGCAUGAGGUUGCUGGAGGAGGAGGGUAUCUGCCUGGUGCCAGGUAGUGGCUUUGGCCAGAGAGAGGGAACCUUCCACUUUAGGAUGACCAUAUUGCCUCCUACUGAGAAGCUGAAGAUUGUGCUGCAGAAGAUCAGUGACUUCCACGUGCGGUUCACACAAGAGUUUUCAUAACAAUCAGGAGACCAACUCAUUCAGUGCCAGUCUCUUUAAGUGCCUUUGUGUGAAGGAGACAGCAGUAAGGCUGCAGUCGAAUAGUCAAAAAAAGUCCUUUUUCCAAACCACUUUUCCUUGAUGUAAAUGGAAAAUGUCAGAGCCAUUUUACCUUGUUACUUCCUUUCACGCAGCUAGAAACCUUCCUAAGCAAAAAGACCAUUCGACUGAAGCAUGUCACCUCCUGCGAUACACAUCUCUCACCUCAACGCUGUAAUUAACUGGAUCAGCUGUUUUUACUGUCUUGCAUCAGUGAAGAACCUUGAAUGCUUUUAGACUAGUGCAAGAUGGAUGCCCUGCUCCUGUGUAUGUACAGCAUGUGAAGAUGUUAUGUUCAGUAAAAGAUGUACUUUCAAAAAGAAUUACCCAGCCAGGUUUGUAAUGCUCAAAUGUUCCUAGUGCUGCUGAUUGUAUGUUAUCUAAAGAGUUUAAGAUAACUUAGAUGUCCUUGUCACAGACACAGGUGCAUCCCUGUCCUGCCAAGACUCAUACAGCCAAAUUAGUUGAAAGUAUAUCAAUGUAAUAACAACUUGAUUGACUAGCUGUAGAGAAUGCAUCAUGCUGAUGUCUAAAUUGUAGCUAUUGGUAUUAUGUAAAUUGUUCUUAAAUGUGAUUAAAACACUUGAAUUUCUACAACA